AUGCUGUAUACCUGUUCCUUGCAGUUUUGCCCGGAGAAUUCCUCUCCUGUUGGACUCGCCUAUACCAUACUGAUCUACAACAUUGUAAUGCCCUGGCUUGUUACAGUCUUCUUCGAAUAUCGCGUCCUCCCCCAGGAACGUAUGGCUGAACAGAACAUUCCUUUGGUUACCUUACAGCAUUCCAAUUCGGGAAUUAUUGUCGCCCUCGUUUCUAAAAACAUAGAACGUUUAAAUGAAACCGCGCCGGAUGACAUGGAGUCGGUUGUCUCUCCUUCUAUUCAUCGUUGGGCAGCCGCCGUCGCUAGAUCGACUUACACGGCUAGCAUUUACGCAUCGCCCCGAGGCUCCGUUAUCGAUGAUGAAGAACCGCUGCUUCCAACUCGAAAACUCUCCAACUACGGGUCGACCGAAGCGCCCUUCGAUGUUGCAGCUCUUCUCAUUCAAGCGUCCAAAGUUCGCAACGACGCAUGGAACGCAUACGAGAAUGCGGUAUGGGACUCUUGCUCUAAUUCAUCCUUAUCUUCGCCGUCAGAAUUUACACCGCAGAUAUCUUCUGCUUGCGUGCCUGGUUUCAGGCCGAAGCUUUUCCGUGUCGAGGGUUUCAUCCCUGCACCUCCGCGGAUGAUAUUCAACGACCUUGUGCAUGGUGUGGAAUUCAGUCCGCACUGGAAUCCGACCAUCGCCUCUGCAAGGUAUCUACAAACGUUCCAAAGCGAGAAUUUGGACAUCGUACACACCAUGUCUAAGGACGUCCUCGGUGGUCUUAUUAAACCUAGAAACCUCGAGCGCACAUUAGUCUCUCCUCCCACCCUCGACAGGCACGCCGUUAGGAAACGCACAUUUACGGCUUUCGAGCGGAUCAACCGUGUGCACAGUCAGUCAGCCCUGGGUGAAGUCCGCCACGUUUCAUCAACACAUUCAGUAGCUACAUCUUCAACUCCCCAAGUUAAAACUGGCUGA